AUGAGUAACUUUGCACCUUUUAUUCAAGUCAACCUGGACUACUCUCUUUUGCAACAGGCGUUUGACAGUAUUAACCAGAAGUUGAAAGAACAUGACCAGAAAUUCGAAGAAAUGAACAAAAUAAUCAUUUCAAAGACAGAUAAUUUUGAUUUUUUACAAUACAAGAAUAACUCUGAGCAAGGUCUCGCCAAACUCAAUAACGAAGAGCAACAGAUGAGCGAGAAACACGAAAAACUUAAUAAUAAUUUCGAAAAUAAAAUAACGGAAAUUGAGCAAUUACUUAAAAAUAUACAGAAAGAGACGAUAGAGAAUGUCAAAAUGGAAUUAUCAGCGGAGGGCGCACUUCCUACAACUGGCGAAAGGCAAGGCUUUGGAAAUCUUGAAGAUAUCGCCAAAAGACUCGAAAUUGUAGAAUCUAAACUGCAAGCUGCACAACGUGAUACUCAUACAACAGAUAAUACGGUCCAGCAAAUCAUAAAUCAAUUUGCACAAUUAAAUCAGCCACAAAAUCUUCGUGGAAAGCAAGUUAAAGAGAAUACCCCUAUUGAUUCCAUCAAGAAUACAAUUUCUACAGUCAAUAACAAGUUUGAUCAAUUGUUUAACUCUCUUCCAACUGGAAAUUCUUCAGAAUAUUCUGCUCGUGACUUCGAUGGAGCUUCAAAUAAUGAAAAUGGAGAGUCUCAAAACGGGCCACAAAAUACUGUGAUCAAUAAUACAACUCUUCUUCCUCAUGAAAUUUCAUAUCCUUAUGAAGUUGACUUUUCAGCUAUGAGACCAUCUCCAUCAACAGUAUACCAUAUUAAUAAUGAUCCUGAACUUCCUCCACUUCAUACAUUCACUAAUUUAUCAGAACCCAUUGAAUAUAUUUACGAAUUAAUUCCAUCUCUUCAAGCAAUUUUAAUUGGCCUCAGAGAAGGAAUUUUAAACAAUCAGAACUCUGUGGAGAAUGGAGGUGGAGUAGUUACAAGGGAUACUAUUGAUAAUAUGUAUCAGAAACUCGCCAGUGCCAUGAAAGAACUCGUUGCAGAAGUCGGCCAAUUAAAGGAAGAAAUCUCUAAAACAGCUUCAAUUGAUGAUGUCAACGCUGCCUUGGCAAGCAUUUCUGUGCAAGAUCUCCCAGAGACGGCUGUUGGAGUUGUCCACUGCAUGACGUGUGGUCGAGAAAUGUCCCAAGUUGCAGGCGCACUUUCAUAUGUAGAUGCGGUGAAAACUCUUGGAAGAGCUCCAACUUCUUACGCAACGAAAUCGAAGGGAAUAAGUGGACUAGGAAUGCAAUUUUCUGGAAGAAACACAUUCGAUUCUGCUAUAUGCGAAAGCCCACGAUCUGUGAAAUCAUCAAGAGCUUCUUCAAAUAUCAAAGUUACCAGAAAAUGA